AUGUUGAAAGUAUUGUUUUUAUUGAAGGCAACUUGUGAAUUACCGGUAACACUUUCAUCGCUUCAGCUUGGCCAAGUACCAUUACGUUCUGAGAUACUCUGUAAAUGUUGGUUCAGUGCAAUUAAUGCUUUCUGCAUGUGUUCACUUCAAUUAAAUGCUUUUUUAUCAAUCGAACGUUACUUACUCAUAUUUCAUAGUAGAACUUUACAUAGAUAUAAGAUCAUUUUACAUUACAUACCAAUGAUUUUCCUUGUCAACUAUUCCAUAUCUUAUUCAUUUAGUUUUACAAUGUUUUAUGCAUGUAAAAAUAAAUUUGAUUAUAAUAUGGCGGGAUGUCGUAGCGUAUGUUAUAUUUUUGAAUCAGCGAUAGGAAUAAUCAAUUGGGUUAUUUGUAUAUUUGGGCCAUUGUUAAUUAUAAUAAUUGCAAAUGUCUUUCUUAUUGUGCAAGUCUAUCAAUAUAAACGUCAAAUGGUACGUAAACAUAUAUGGAAAAAGAAGCAUCAAAUGCUUCGACAACUUGUAUUUGUAUCUGGAUUAGAAUGCAUUUCAUGGUCACCCGUGAGCUUAAUUUCUGGAAUCGAUAUUAUUUCAACGACUGAAACUUCUAUUGCGCCAGAGUUUAAAUGGGUCUCGUUUGGUUUUAUUUAUCUUGCUAUACUUUUUUCUCCGUUAGUGCCGAUUAUGGUUUUCCCCGAGCUUAAAAUUGAAAUAACCAAGUGGAUUCAAAAACAGUACGCUUUUAACAAUAAUGGAAUUCAUCCUAUGAUGAGAAAUUCUUGUGCACUAGAACGUACAUGA